UGUGAACUAUAAACAAUUCGAACAUUCCCUAGCUAAGUUAGCACUGGCGCUGCCGUAAAGCCUAGUGUAGAAGCGAAAGAAAACUUAUGCGUCAGAUAAGAGGCGGCUGGCUUCACUGCAGAUCACAAAUGACGGUUCACUUGACCGUGUUCACUAAACAGUCUGGACUCUGCAGGGUUCAAAAGGCGAUGUUAGCGAUGGUUUUCAGGUCAGCUGUCACUAGAUAUAAGGGGUUGUGGUUGCCUAGUCAAACUGUGGCCAGAGCCAUGUCAUCUUCAGGUGGUGCCACCCCUCCGUACACAACCCUGGCCAUCAGUCGUCCUACAGAGUCCAUCACGCAUGUUGAACUUCACCGGCCUGAGAAACGCAAUGCCAUGAACAGUGCUUUCUGGAGUGAGAUGGUGACCUGCUUUAAUGAGCUCUCUGAGGACCCCGAGUGCAGAGCAGUGGUAGUUUCUGGAGCAGGGAAGCUCUUCACAGCUGGUAUCGAUCUCAUGGACAUGAUGAACAAUAUACUUCAACCAGAAGGAGACGACACAGCCAGAAUCUCCUGGGGGUUAAAAAAAAAGAUUAGGAAAUUCCAAGAGACCUUCUCCGUCAUAGAGAAGUGCCCGAAGCCUGUUGUGGUGGCCAUCCAUGGAGCCUGUGUAGGAGCAGGUGUUGACAUGAUUACAGCCUGUGACAUUCGCCUGUGCACCCAGGACGCCUGGUUCCAAGUUAAGGAGGUUGAUAUUGGACUUGCAGCAGAUGUUGGAACACUCCAGAGACUCCCGAAGGUCAUCGGCAGCCAAAGUCUUGUUAAUGAACUGGCUCUGACAGCGAGAAAGAUGUAUGCUGAUGAAGCUAAGAGCAGCGGACUGGUCAGCCGAGUGUUUGCAGAUAAGGAGGCGAUGAUGGCUGGAGCUCUGGAGAUUGCUGGAGAGAUUGCUGGUCGCAGCCCAGUUGCUGUGCAGGGCACCAAAAUAAACCUCAUCUAUGCCAGAAACCACAGCGUAGCAGAUGGAUUGGAUUACAUUGCCACGUGGAACAUGAGCAUGCUUCAGACUGAAGAUCUGAUGAAAUCAGCUCAGGCAGCUCUCGAGAAGAAGAGUCCCAAAACUAAGACAUACUCUAAACUCUGAACACCAGUGAGGCAAAGCUCAGAUACAGAAAGUGCCUCUUUCCUCCUCCACUCCGGCCUUUCUUACAGCAAUUUUAUAAAUCAAAAUUACAUUUACUAGCUUGAUAUCUGUAUCCACACUAGACAGUAUGUUAAUGUCAUUAUGUGUUUAAUAAUUCAUUCAGGUUCAUAUUUCUCCUGCUCUAAUAUCAGAUAUGGAUAAUAUUUAACUAAGGCAAAUCUUAACUGACUGAGCGGAGAAACAUUUUGUUCAUCUGUAAACGAUCUCCUGAAUGUUUCCUCAUUAAAGAGACUCGUGUGAAAGUGA